AUGAACGAGACUCAAUUAAAAGAUUUAAUGGAAAAAAUGAUUGAAGAAGAGGAAGAAAGGUUUCGUAAAGAGGAAGAUGAAAGAAACAAAAGAGAUUUAGAAGAUUAUGAAAGACAAAAGAUGAUACUUCAAGAAGAAGAAGAAAUAAGAAAGAGACGCGAAUUGCAAAAAAAAAAAUUACAAGAAGAAACCUACAUGGAACAUGCAGGACAAAAACACAAUGAUAAUGAUGACGAACAAGGAAAUGUCACAAGAAAUUCAUCACGCGGAGACGGGAAAAGGGGGCGAGGGCGUGGCAGAAGUGAACGAGGUGCUAGUAAAAGAGAUGACGGUGGUGGAUCUAGACGAUACAGUGAUCAAUCAAAGGAAUUUUCAAGCAAUUUAAAUGAGGAUAAGAGGUUCGGCGAUGGCAAUAGUUGGGCUGAGCAGCAAGAACAACAUAUUGCGGAUAAUACUGGUAAUAUUUGGAAUGAAAACAAUAAUGAGAAUAACGAAUUGGACUCCAAUAAUUUGGAAAAUAAAGAAGAUUGCAUGAAAAAUGCAUCUUGUGAUGUCGAAAUUACAAAUGAAGCGAAUAAAAGACAAGAAAAAAAGUGUCAAAUGAUGAUGGCAAGAAGAAGGAAAGUUGAUAUACUUCAAAAGAUUAGUAAGUCAAGUAUAAAAAAGCUAAGAGAAGAAGAAGAAUUAGUUCGGAGAGAAGAAUUAAAGCAACUAAUUUCUAAACAUGAAGCUGCGUUGAGGAAUUUAUUUUUUAUGGAAAUUAUGACGAAUGAUCUCGAUAAUAUAGAAGUGUAUACAGAGAUAAUAGAUCCAUCAAAAAUAGAUAAGACAAAAUUAAAUGAAUAUUUAGAGAAAAAUAAAUUGACCGAAGAUCUUCCUGAUGUCGAAAAAAGCACAAAUACUUCAAACACCUCAGGGAAAUCUCCAAGUUCACAAAUUAAUACACAACAGUCUCAACCACAACCCCAGUCUUCAAAUGAUCAAAAGGCUCAGAAUAAAAAGACAAGACGUGUUUCAUUACCACCUGCUGAAAAAAUGAUUACAAGGUUACACAGUGGUGCAAUUAAAGAAAAAAGUGUAGCUGAAAUCAUAGAAAAUGCUGAGCAGCGAAACCAAUUCGGGGUCUCCAACACAUCUACUUCAAAUAUAACAUCACCUACAUCUGCUACGAGUUUUAGGUUGCCCACAGUAAAAUUAAAUGUACCUCAAAGAAGACAUUCUUCUCAUAAAUCAAAUAUGGUUUCUCAAAAAUCUGGUGAAGGAAGGCAACAAAAUGCUAUUAGUAGAUCAGAUAAUACCUCACGUUCUAUGGAUCGUGAAUCCAUUAUAUCAAAUUUCACUAUACAGCCUUUACAUAAACUAGUACAAGAUACAACAAAAGCAGUAACUUCUGAAAAUUGGGAUACUGCUUGUGAUGAGACUAUUUAUGCAAGGAUAUUACAACGUAUAGAGGAACUCAAAGAUGAAGAUUCUUGGACAAAAGAUUUUAAAUUUGAGAGAAAAUGGAAAAUUGCAGCAGCUUUUCAUAUGGUUCGUUGGGUUAUGGAAUGGCAUGAAACUGAUGACAAAUCUUCAAUAUGUGUUAAAUGUGUUAAGCCUCAUAAUUCCUCCCCAAAUUCAGUAGAGUCUUUAAGAAAUAAAAUUAUCAACUUGUCAUUAAAUGAUAUCGUAUGUACAUUAGAAACACAAGAUGGGCAAUUUUAUGAUAUCGAAAAGGCUUUCCCGGAGUUACCGGCAUACACACCACCUAAGCCUUCUCCUGAUGAUAUUUAUAUUGACGAAAUUCAUUGUCAUCGUAUUAUUCCUGUAUCGAAAAUUAUGUAUAGACAGAAACACAAUGUCCGAAAAGGAGAAUAUAGUACUAUUCGUGAAUAUCAAGAUGAGGAUCAUUAUUAUAAAAAAAUUAAAAAUGAAAAUUCUGAUGAGGCUGAAUUAAUCGAUGAUGAGAGUUACUCUAAUAAAAUUUUCUGGUCAGAAUCACAUCAGAACAAUAAACAAAUAAAAGAUUUAACAAAGAAUUUUUCAAAAUUUGACACACCUAAAUUACGUCGUAAUUUUAACUUGACAGAAUCAAUAAAACGAGUGUCUAAAAUUCGCCAAGACAAUAUCACUAAAAAUCAAACUCAAAGAAGAAUACAUGAUCAACAUAUAUCAUCCCGAAGAAUUGCAAAUCCAAUGGAAUUGAGUCAUAUCAAGAUUGAACAAGAACGUCAAGUACAAGCAGUAUUAUAUGAACAGCGACAUGCUGCAGCUGUUGCUUUUCAAGGACACGGAAGACCAAUUUACAUGAGAUCACAAAAUCCAAUAAUUGCACAAGGAAGAACAUCAUCUGUUGCUGUCGCAAAUGCGAAUCAUAUUCAAGCUUUUGUAAUGCAAAGGCAAGCACUAGCUCAGGCUCAACAGCAGCAGCAAAGACUUUCUCAACAACAAAUGACGCCUAAUAUGACGCCUAAUAUGACGCCCAAUAUGGCACCUAAUAUGGUACCUGCUUCUCAAGCUCAAUCUUUACAAGUUCAACAAUAUUACAAUUCACAACUUCGAGGUCAACAAUUCCAAUUUUAA